AUGUUCGACUACCGUUACAAGCUUCCCCUCCACUGUGUGGAGCUCUUUCUCAUCGUGGCGGUGAUAGCCAUCAGCGGGGCCCGACUCACGCUCCCAGGCCUGACGAGGACAAGAGCCAACACCAUCGCUCUCUCAUUUUCUGCCAAAUCCAUCGCCUUCAUAGGCUACCAAGUUGUGACCGAACAUGUUGCGCAGUUCCGAAGGUGGAAGAGCCUCAAGGCGUAUGCGAUCAUCAACGGCCUGGAAAUUGUCUUCUGGGGGGCAGUCGUCUUCCUGCUCAUUCAGGCCAAUGUGGCUCGCUGUAUCGGUACUGGUUGCACUCUCAGCUGGGUCGUGGUUUCGAUCUCCAUCGUGAUGAGGUAG